AUCGAAGAUUACGAAAAUAACCAUUUAGGAUAUUUUGUAUUUUAGUGUUAUAUAAUAGACCAACGCCAAGAUUUUCCUCUAUGUCUAGCAUCUGAGAUGGCUACAAACUUCAAGCCACACUUACCAAUUAUCGACAUCAGUCCUUUACUUGUCAAAUGCGAUGAUCCCGACAUGAUGGACGAUACUGGCGUGGCGGAGGUUGUCCGAAAACUAGACCGGGCUUGUCGGGACGUCGGAUUCUUCUACGUGAUUGGUCAUGGAAUUUCGGAGAGUCUUAUGAGGAAGGUGAAAGAGAUGACACAUCGAUUCUUCGAGCUUCCAUAUGAGGAGAAACUUAAGAUCAAGAUUACUCCAGCAGCUGGAUAUAGAGGAUAUCAGAAAAUUGGAGUGAACUAUACGAGCGGGAAACAAGAUUUCCACGAAGCAAUUGAUUGUUACAGAGAGUUCAAGCAAGGAAAGUAUGGGGAAACUGGAAAGGUCUUGGAAGGGUUAAACCAGUGGCCAGAUAAUUCUCAAGAGUACAAAGGGUUGAUGGAUGAGUAUAUUAAGUUAUGCACAGAUCUCUCUAGAAACAUCCUAAGAGGAAUCUCCUUAGCUCUUGGUGGAUCACCUUAUGAAUUUGAGGGAGAAAUGGUUGGGGAUCCUUUUUGGGUGAUGCGUAUAAUUGGUUAUCCAGGUGUAAACCAAGAAAAUGUUAUCGGAUGUGGAGCUCACACUGACUAUGGCUUGUUGACGCUUAUAAAUCAAGACGAUGAUAAAACUGCUCUUCAGGUGAAAAACUUGGCUGGUGAUUGGGUAUCAGCUAUUCCAAUCCCUGGAUCAUUUAUUUGUAACAUUGGUGACAUGUUAAAGAUACUUUCAAAUGGAGUAUACGAAUCCACACUUCAUAGAGUGAUCAAUAAUGCUCCUCUAUACCGUGUAUGCAUUGCUUUCUUUUACGAGACUAACUUUGACGCGAUGGUUGAGCCACUGGAAAUCUUCAAAGAGAAGUAUCCAGGAGAUAAAAGAUCUCAAGUUCCCAAAAGAGUUGUAUAUGGAGAGCAUCUCGUUAACAAAGUCCAAACCACCUUCGCAAAGUUAUUGGAAUACAGUUAAUUUGAUUGGUUUUCUUUUCGGGCUGGAUUUCGGAUUCUAAUAAAUAAUGUAGAGAAGUACCCAUUUGAAAAAGUUCUUAUUU